AUGGAAGAAUUUAACGAACUGUUGACCGGUGAAGCUGCUGGUCAAUUAAUUCCCCCAGAUAUCCUUGAAAGGAACGGAAACGACGCCGAAAUAAAGUUUGGUGAACUAAAUCAGCACGACAAUAAGUUGGGUAAGGACGAAGAAAGACGGAGAGAGACAAUCAAUCAGCCUGAAGAACAGCCGAUGGAAGAUUUAGGUAUGUGAUUGCAUCGUAUACACUUCGUAAAAAAACGAAAGACCUGUUGCGAAAAGACCUGCUGUCAAGUUAGAGUUAGGUAUAGCUAAUUACUUGAGAACCGAGGCAGUUAUAAUAGCCAAGUAUUCUCAGCGGUAUCCCCACUUAUUUAAUUUAAGUAAGUAUCCAACAAACACGAAUCAAUCACUGUGGUGCGACCAUCGAGCGAGAAACAUCAAAUACUCGAAGACGAAAACCAUGCGACAUCAAUUAGGUUUCCCGGAUGAAGACUGUAGAGUUAUGCAAACUAUUUAUGCAUUUUGUUGAGCAUAUUGAAGUGAGUAUAGUAUAUGAUCUACAUAAAGUGAGUAUAGUAUGAUCUCAUUCCCAUUGCCAUCCCGCAUACAAUAGCUCACGGUUAAUAGCUUCAAUCCUACAAAAUACAAGAUUUUUAACUUAAAAAGUCCAAUUUGGGCUAAUAUAGCGACUAAGCCACCAGCCGGCACAAUGCUUUCGAGUUGUCCACUGCCUACGAUUUGUUGCUAAUGAAGAUGGAGCGGCGCUAGAACGAAUUAUAUACAGCUAUUUCAAUUAAGGUUGUCCACGAGCAAAGCGGAAAAGUCGGUACGAGCGCGAAAGGCUGCUGGGAAUCGCUAACAAAUUAAUGAAUUUUCAAAGCGGUUCCCAGCAGCCUUUCGCGCUCGUAUUCGACUUUUCCGCUUUGCUCGUGGACAACCUUAAUUGAACAAGACGCUCUGUUGAGCGUUUAGUCGCUGGGGCUAUUAAAAUAAGGUCUUCUGCGCAGGGCUUCUGCGCUUAUUGCUCUCUCUCUUCUGAGAGCAGUGUAUAAGCGCAGAAGCCCUGGGUACAAGGUUAAUAUCAUUUAUUGGAUUCAUCUGGCUUAGGCCAACUUCGAGGACACUGGAAACCAGGCUUAAUUAAACAAAUUUAUUGCAACUCCACAUUUUGACCCUUCAACUGGUUUUCUCAAAAAAUUUAAUGCCCCCCCCCUUCUAGUAAAUUAUUUAUACUCAUGGGGUCAUGGCUCCACCUUUUGCCCCCCCCCCUCCUCCCUCUUCCAUAAAUAAGGACUGGUCCCUAACUGCAGGAAAAAAUGUGCACUUCACAGAACAUUUAUAACAAUUCAUAAUUUAUUACUUUUGCCCCAGGCUAGGUAACUACAACAGAAGUUGCCAAAUAGGCUCUUUGAAGGUAGCUUGCGUGUCAGGCUCGAUGCUUGAAAUAGAGCCUGUUAUACCUUGUGAGCAAAGUCCUCUUGUAUUUCUUCUCAGCACGGCACAGAGAAGCGAGAGAGAUUCUGCAGAACUUGUGUAUAAAUUCAUUUGAGCAUGCGCGAAGGUUGCUAAGCAACUGCCUAUUUCCCAGAAGAAGAUUUAAUAAGUAGUUUCCGGUUCAGAUCAAAACCGGUUAUAAAACUGGUAUCAAACCUGAAAUUACUCAUAAUUAGGCACGUUUUUGGAUUGUCGGCUCCACAAAGAAUAUACACAAGUUCUGCAGAGUCUCUCUCGUGCUGAGAAGAAAUACAAGAGGACUUUGCUGGCAGGGUAAGCCUGUUACUGAAGUCAAUAAAAAGUGGACAGUGAUUGGGAUGCACAAAAAUAACAACCAAUCAAAAUGGCGAUUGUUAAUUACGUAUCAGUCAAUUCCAGCAGUGCCCAUCCCCCCGAGGUAUUAGCCAUUUCUGGGAAGAAAAUGGCUAUGUCCACAAGCCAUUUGCAAUCAAAUUAAAUAUCAGUUUUCCAGCAAAUCUACCAAAUCCUCCAUGAUGGAAAAUGUCAAAAUCCUCACCCCCGGGCUAAAAAAUAUCGGCAAUAGCCCCACCCCCGUGAUUAGGAAAAGCUGCAAAGGCCCAGGGGUGGGAACUGCUGGAAUUAAUUGAUACAUUAGAUUAUCAAAGCUAAUUUAAAAUAUGACAAUAAUGGCCAACUUUUCCACCAAUAUCUCAAAACUAAAUAUUCCAAUUUUCAUCAAAUGGCCAGGAAUUACAUAUUAAAUAAUAAUAAUAACUGUUAUUGACUGCAGCAAAGGCAGUCAUUAACAUGGCCAAAAGUAGUUAAAGUACAAUUACAAGUACGGAAUAUCAUUACGUAAACACCAAUUUGGCAUUACCUUAAAAACAAAGCUAUUUAUUUCUGACCAAUGGGAAUUUUGCGUACAAAUCAUGUGCAUCAAUCCUUUUUACUGACCUCAGUAGCAGGCUUUAUUUCAAGCAUAGAGCUUGACACGCUAGUUACUUUUAAUAACCCAUUGAGUUGCAUUGCCCCCCUACUUAAUUUCAAUACAUUGAUCUCACCAUUGUGUUUAUACAAGCUUGCAAAUUUACUAGUAGGAAUUUCCAUUGUGUUUGCAGCCCUUACACUUUGUGUUUCAUUAUGGCAUCUUGACCUUGAAAGAGUCUAUUACUGUGGCUCCAACAUUUUCCCGUUCGGCGUUAGAAACACAAUACAUUGAUCAUAAAAUGACUGAAAUAUUACAGAUUUAAAAGCCUGACACCUAGCGGCAAAGUUUAAAUUUCACACAAGUAGUGAUGAAUGGUGAUCACUGUGGUUGUAUUUCGGUCUUGUUAGGCUACACCAUGUUCUUUUGACCACCUAUCCGUAACAGGAUUAUUUGCAUCAACAGCCAUAAAAAAAGCACCCAAAUAAACAGCAGUUUGCGAAUAUUAUUGUUGCGAUUUACAAAGGUUGCGGCCCGUUCCAACUUUGUAAAAUUGAAAAUUGUGAACUUUUGUCCUCUAUUUCAAGCUUGUAGCCUUCCAAGUUUACUCACAUAAAAUGACUUUCGCUUUAUAAAGUCUGUUUCAUCGGAAAACUAUUAAGGUUCAUCGGAAAAAUAAAAAAAUAUGUACAAAAUCGAUGAUACCAUUCGCUCGUAGUAAGCGGCCAUCUUGAAUUCAGCGACGAAUAGUAAUGACGUAAUUUUUAUUUUUUAUUAAUGACGUAAUUGUCAUUUUGUGGCUAACGAUCCAAGAUCCGACACAAAUGCGUGCCGAAACCUAGAGUCGCUGCGGGCUCUGCCCAGCGACUAAAUAGCUGUAUAUUGAGAGGAGUGCGUACAAUUAUUUCAUUAAUUGUACUGCAGUACAAUUAAUGAUUUUCUCAAAACAAACAAAAUGGUGGAAAGGAAUUUUAAACACAAAUGUGAAAUGAAAUUGUCCUAGAGGAAUUAGAUGAACAUACGAACAAAAGCACCAUAUUUUGCUUUAACAAAAGAAUUAAAUGAAAAUACGAACAAAAGCACCAAAUUUUGGUUGAAAGACUGGCAGGACUUGGCUUUGCCUUUGGUGAGAGAGUAUGAUGGUUGACAUUGAGAUGUUGACAUGCUAAUACUCGUGAUGCUUGGAAAUUUGCCAAAUUGGACUUGCCCCGACAGCUCGUCCAAUUUUGCCAAAAUUUCCAAACAUCACUCGUACUAUUAAUCUCUAAUUGUACUCGCCAUCGCAUGAUUACGUAUACAAAUCCCGCGGCGCCCUUCUUAUACCACUAUUUAGACAUAAUAUUAAGCAUCUCGUUUCGUUUUCUAAAGCCAGUUUUCCACUUCGAUCGUAACGUAUCGUAGCAUUUUCUUUUGUGUCGAAGUUAUUAGUUCCACUCUAGUGCUCAGGAAACAAAGAAAUACGCUUCGCUACAAUACGGUUGGUCGUCGAAUCGCCAAUCGUCAUAAAACAGUUGUUUCCACUUAAAAAACUGUCAAUCCAUUUUUAAUGUGUAAGCGGUUUCCAUAUGAUCGCCAAUCGUUCUUUGCGCGGAAAAAGCAUGGGUACUAGCAUUUGUAAAAACCGCGCAAUUAAAAACAGGCGCGAAAUACGGCAUAGCUAUGGCUAUAAUUUCUUAAGCAAAGGGAGUCUCAAUGAGACGACUCACAGAUCACAAAGAAAUAAUAAAAUGGGCCAGCUUACUGCAGAGCAACGAAUUUGAAAGGGUGUACGUUUUUUUGACACAUCCUGUAUUAGUAGAGGGAAUAAUGUGAUUUCAGUAAGUUGGAAAAAGAGAGAGAAAAUGUCGACGUUUCUUUAUAUAUUCCAGGUAGUUUAUCUGACGUUAAGUCUCAAUUCUGGUCUCAAUCGUUAAAUGUUAUCAGAUCAGAUUACAGUAUGGGCGACAAACAACAAGCCACAAAGCGCUCUGCGCAAAAUUUGAAUAAAACGCACCUAUGUACGCCUAGUAAACCAGUAAAAAGCAAAAUUCAAAAACCUAACACACCAGACAGAAGAAUGGAGGAAAAAGAGGAAGAGAAGGAGAUAGAUAUGCGAGAAAUACAACAAAUGUUUACGAUCAUGAUGGGGAAACUAGAGAAGCUUGACGGCAUAGAGGCCGACAUGAAAGAAAUAAAGCAUUCAUUAGAAUACGCGCACGCCGAAAUAGCAGAUCUAAAAAGAGAAAAUGAAACCACAAGAGCAAACCAAGAACAAGCAAGAACCAAACUGGAGAAACUUGAAAAAGACAACGCGACAUUACGCGAUAAAAUAGUAGAUAUACAAGCGAGAUCAAUGCGAGACAAUCUGCUGUUUUUCAACAUACCGGAACAAGACAAAGAAAUCACGACGGAGAUUAUCCACAACUUACUGGAAACGAAGUUUCAAAUAAAGGACGCAAAGGAGGUAAUAAAGAUCGACCGGUCCCAUAGAAUUGGCAAGAAAAGAGAAGGAAACCGAAAACCACGACCGAUCGUGGUUAAAUUUAAUUACCACCAAGACCGAGAGCACGUGCGACUUAACGCGAAAAAGCUAAAGGGAACAAACAUCGGGGUAUCUGAGCAGUUCCCUGAAGAAAUAGAGAGCGUGAGGAAAGCAUUGUAUCCUGAAUUAAAAAAAGCUAAAGCCGAAGGUAAAAGGGCUAAACUUGUUAGAGACAAAUUAAUAGUAGAAGGUCAGGUCUUCAAUAACAAGUCUUGA